UUCAUCAGUUCUUUUGGCGGUGUUAACAGCAGUGGUGGAGGAGUUACCUACGACGGUAGAUCGCUCAUCAUCCACGGCCAACGAAAACUUCUCUUCUCCGGUUCUAUUCACUAUCCGCGCAGCACUCUCGAUAUGUGGCCGUCUUUGAUCUCACUAGCCAAAGCAGGAGGAAUAGACGUGAUCCAAACCUACGUGUUUUGGAACAUUCAUGAGCCAAAUCCUGGGAUGUAUAACUUUGGUGGGAACAGAGACAUAGUGAAGUUCAUGCGGCUAAUCCAAGCACAAGGCCUAUAUGCAUGCCUUAGGAUUGGGCCUUUCAUUGAGAGUGAAUGGUCUUAUGGAGGAUUACCGUUUUGGUUGCAUGACAUCCCCAACAUUAUUUUCCGAUCUGAUAACGAACCAUUCAAGUUCUACAUGCAAAAUUUCACUACUAAAAUAGUAAACAUGAUGAAGUCAGCAAAUUUGUUUGCUUCGCAAGGAGGUCCAAUCAUACUAUCACAGAUAGAGAAUGAGUAUGGAUUAGUAGAAGCAGCUUUCCACGAAAAAGGGCAAUCUUAUGUUACUUGGGCAGCAGCAAUGGCUGUUGGUCUUCAAACUGGUGUACCGUGGGUGAUGUGCAAGCAAGACGAUGCCCCUGGCCCAAUUAUCAAUACAUGCAACGGGCUGCGGUGCGGGAUUACAUGGAGCGGACCAAACUCACCAACUAAGCCAGCGAUAUGGACAGAAAACUGGACACUUACCUAUCAAGCAUAUGGUGAAGAACCAAAACCCAGAUCUCCACAAGAUAUUGCAUUUCAUGUUGUAUUGUUCAUCAUUCAGAUGAAGGGAUGCUACAUAGAUUAUUAUAUGUAUCAUGGAGGAACCAAUUUUGGAAGAACAGCAUCUUCGUACAUAAUGACAAGUUAUUAUAACGAAGCUCCUCUUGAUGAGUAUGGCCAGACUAACCAACCACUAUGGGGCCAUCUUAAGGAAUUGCAUGCUGCAAUAAAACAAUGUGCAGAGGCUUUACUUUCUGGAACAAAUACGACAAUCUCAUUGGGACUAUUCCAAACUGCCUAUGUCUUCAAUGCAAGCUCAGGAAAAUGUGCUGCCUUUCUUCUUAACAAUGAUGUUAGAAAAUCUGUCACCGUGCUAUUUCAAAACAUUGCCUAUAAUUUAGCUCCAAAGUCUUUUACUAUCCUACCAGACUGCAAGAAUGUAGCCUUCAACACUCAAAAGGUGAGCGCGCAAUACAGUACAAGAUCAGCCAAACCAGCGCAGAAGUUGGGUUCAGCUCAACAAUGGCAAAAAUAUACAGAAGCUAUUCCAGACUUUGACAAUACUUCACUGAGGGCAAACACAUUGUUGGAGCAAAUGAGCACGACAAAAGAUUCAUCUGAUUACCUCUGGUACACUUUCAGGUUUCAGCACGCUCCCUCCAGUUCACAACUAAGCGUGCAAUCACUUGCACAUGUUGUGCAUGCAUUUGUCAACAAAGUAUUAGCAGGAUCAGCACAUGGAAGCCACAAGGACCAAGGGUCCAAACUGCGGAGCUCAAUUACUUUGAAAAACGGGACAAACCAAGUCUCCUUACUCAGUGUAAUGGUCGGAUUUCCGGACUCAGGAGCAUAUCUUGAGCAUAGGGCUGUCGGGAUACGUCAGGUGCAGAUUCAAGACCAAAGUGGAUCUCAAGAUUUCGGAAAGAACCAAUGGGGUUAUCAGAUUGGCUUGUUGGGGGAGAAUCUACAAAUUUACACUAACCGUGGAUCAAAUAAAGUUCCAUGGAGUCCGUUUCAGAGCUCUCCUCCUCAACCAUUAACGUGGUAUAAGACAUCAUUUGAUGCACCAGCUGGAACUGCCCCUGUUGCAAUAAACCUUGGUUCCAUGGGAAAAGGAGAAGCUUGGGUUAAUGGACAGAGCAUUGGUCGGUAUUGGGUCUCCUUUCUUACCCCCAAGGGAAAUCCUUCACAAAGAUGGUACCAUAUCCCAAGGUCUUUCCUAAAGCCUACAAAGAAUGUACUAGUUUUACUGGAAGAAGAGAAGAAUGCAUCCCCUCUUGGGGUCUCCAUAGACACCAUUUCAAUUACAAAAGUAUGUGGGCAAGUGUCUGAUUCUCAUAUGCCACCACUAGAGAAGUAUGGGAAGAGACCCCAAGUCAAGCUUCAAUGUCCUUCAAAAAGGAACAUUUCUAGUAUUUUGUUUGCAAGCUUUGGAACCCCUUCUGGCAACUGCCAAAGUUAUGCACUCGGAAGCUGUCACUCAUCUAAUACCAAGGCCAUUGUGGAGAAGGAUUGCAAGGGAAAAAAGAGAUGCACUAUUCCUCUCGCUAAUCAAAAGUUUGGAGGGGACCCAUGUCCAAGCAUCCCUAAAGCUCUAAUAAUUGAUGCAAAAUGCACAUGA